GGUCGCGCAGUUUUUGUCGUCGAGUCAAAGUGCGCGGAUCGCUGGAGGAGUGAGCUGGAAUUCCUGCCAAAUUGAAUUCAGUAUUUGUUAAGUGCAAGUUUAGGUGUUGGUUGUUGUUGUUGUUGCCGUUGUUGUUGUUGCCGUUAAGCCAAGUUCGUAAGCAGGUGCAAAGGUGCCAAAGUGAGCUAAUAACAAAACAAGUCCGUCAGUUUUAGUUGGAAAGCGAAGCCAAGAAGAUGGGAAAGUUCGAGUACUCGCUGGGUCUCAAUGAGCUGAAAUCCAAGGAGCUGCGAUUGUGGCAGGCGCUGAUUGGAGAGUUCCUGGGCAAUCUGAUCCUCAAUUUCUUUGCCUGCGGUGCAUGCACCCAAAUCGAGGAUGGCACCUUCAAGGCCCUGGCUUUCGGCCUGGCCAUCUUCAUGGCCAUCACGAUUGUGGGCCACUUGAGUGGCGGCCAUGUGAAUCCUGCCGUUACCGCUGGAAUGUUGGUCGCAGGACGAAUUAGCUUGAUCAGAGCCUUUUUCUACGUGGUUUUCCAGUGCUUGGGUGCCAUUGCUGGAACUGCAGCGGUUAAGAUUCUCAUCGAUCAGGACUAUUACAAUGGCCUGGGUCACACCUCCCUGGCGCCCAACAUCACCGAGCUGCAGGGCCUGGGAAUCGAGUUCUUCCUGGGACUCCUGCUGGUGCUCGUCGUGUUUGGGGCCUGCGAUCCCCACAAGCCGGACUCCCGCUACACGGCGCCACUGGCCAUCGGAAUGGCGGUGACCCUGGGCCACUUGGGCACCAUUCGGUACACCGGGGCCAGCAUGAAUCCCGCUCGCACCGUGGGCACCGCCUUUGCCACCGACAUCUGGGCAUCGCAUUGGGUGUACUGGGUGGGACCUGUGCUGGGGGGCGUGGCAGCCGCCCUGCUCUACACCCAGGUCCUGGAGGCGAAGCCCGUGCCGAAGGCGAACGAGGCGUCCGAGAAGUACCGAACGCACGCCGAUGAACGCGAGAUGCGCAAACUGGAGGGAGCCCGCGACUACGCCUAGAUAUAAGGAAUCCUAUGCGACUCGAAUCUGGGAACAGAUCUGUUUCAGAUGAGAUCUGUUUGCUUAAUCCAUUCAUUUCAGUGUCUAACAUGCCCAUGUCGUGUUCUUCUACGUUCGUGUGUAUUUAUGUAUUUAUUCAUGGAAAGUUCAUUUUCAACUAACUAAUAUUUAAUGUGUAAGCUGCCCUAAAGUCGACAACAACAUUACUUGUACUCUCAAGCGUUCACAAUAAAGUGGAAAUCAGUAACUGAAA